AUGCAGAAAGACAAGUACAUCAUGCUGCGAACCUAUUCAGGCGAGACCAAUUACACCAAAUAUCUUCCGGUGCACUGUAAAUCAUUACCCCACGUGUGCCGCCUUAUCGAUGAAUAUCUGGUGGACUCUAUAAAUCCACAGGUCCUUCAAGACGCAUGUGAACAUGGAGCAUCAAGUGACGACCUCGAGUUCAUUCGGAAGAGGACAGCUCCAAAAUGGACGAAUGUGGUAAAAGCAGCAGCUAGAGGCGGAUAUUUACACGUGUUUGAGUGGAUGUUAGAACGGCAAGACGGUUGUUGUCCGUGGGAGGUUGAUCUUAGAGAUGUUCUUGCAGAGGCUGCUGCACAUGGUCAUCUCGAGCUUAUGAAGUGGCUAUAUAGUCGAGGUAUUGACAAUGUUGGCAACAAAGUGUUUGAUCGAGCUGCUACUGAAGGACAUCUUUCGAUUGUGCAAUGGUUGAACAAACAUACCAGACUUACUGGACCUAGUGAUAUACUUAGUGGUGCCGCUAGAAAGGGCCACUUCGAAGUUGUGCAGUGGUUAUAUGAGAACGUUUGUAGGGAACAGAUGGCAUCAGCAAUGGCUUCAGCCGCAAUAAAUGGACAUCUAGAAAUACUACAAUGGCUACACCAACAAGUUUGUUGUGAUGGUGUGUGCACCACUAGUAUCAUGGAUGUGGCAGUCAGUGGCGGUCACUUCGAUGUCGUCAAGUGGUUGUUUGAGAAUUGCAACGCUGGCUGCUCCGAGCGCGCUGCUGAAACGGCUGCCUCUAACGGAGAUUUGGCCAUGCUGCAAUGGCUACAUCAACAUUUUCGUCCGAAAUGUCAUUCGAAUGUAAUGGAUCAUGCGGCAAGAGGGGGUCAGCUUCAUGUACUCAAGUGGCUGCACGAACAAGGAUACGAUGGCUGUACAACGAAUGCGAUGGAUGCGUCUGCAAAAGAAGGACGUCUUGAUAUUGUGCAAUGGCUGCACGAGAAUCGAAAUGAAGGAUGUACGACAAACGCAAUGACUUCUGCUGCAAUUCAAGGACACCUGCACGUCGUCAAGUGGUUGCACGAAUAUAGGUCCGAAGGAUGCAAUAAUUCUAUUAUGUAUUGGCCAGUUUGCGAAGGCCAUUUGGAGGUGGUCAAGUGGCUAGUCGAGCACAAACCGGAAAUGUGUCUUGAUGAUUUGAUGGAAGAAGCUGCUUGGCGCGGUCAUUUAGAUGUGGUUGUCUAUCUAGAUGAAAACACGACGCAACGGGGUUCUGAAUGGGGUCUAGGUGCUGUUGCUAAAGAAGGCUAUGCGAAGGUAGCUAUCGCAUUGAUGCGACGUCAUUCCGGGAUCUUCCGACGUGGAAUGUACUCGUGCUUCCUGAGGCUGUUAAACCAGCUUUCAAAUGAGGGUGAUACUCCAGCUUCUCCAUUGUGGAACGAGUUAUUGAGAAUGCUCGAGAUCUUCCACAGUGAUGAGUGUAGCGCAGGUGUGAUCACACUGCUUGAUCUAGCGCUGCAACGUGGAUAUUUGGUCAUGGCUCGACAAUUUUUCGAUCGCAGAAGCGAACAGGAAAAGUGUCAAUAUGUUGCUAUUGCUGCCGAUCAUAAUAAUAUCGUAUUGAUGAGGUGGAUGAUUGAGAAUGGGGCCCCAUUGAGCGUUCAUACAGCGAUCUCUCUUGCCUCAAGUCACGUGAUUGACAGGAGGUACGUUGAAGUUACUUGGUGGUUGUCUGAAAGCGAUCGCGUGGUUGUCAUUCGUAUCGCUCUAGAAAACAAUGUCCGCAAGUUGUUGCUGUGGGUGCUACAUAAUACUGUCUUCGAGGAUGUGACUUCACGGAAUGCUAUUCGAAGUGCUCUUACGAGGGCCGAUAACGUUACAGCACACUGGCUUUGUGACUACCUCUCGAAUGAUGACACUCGUAGUUGGUGUUUCCCAUUGCAUCAAGAAAAAUCAAGCGCUGGGACGCAAUUUACGAGGGCUGCCAGUGCAGAUAGAAGCUAA